GGCCAGGCACGGUGGCUCACACCUGUAAUCCUAGCACUUUGGAAGGCUGAGGUAGGAGGAUCACUAGGGCUGUACUUUUCAACCAGCAGGUGAAGAGCUGAAUCACUAAGGACACAAAUGAAAAGGGAGGGGCAAAAUAUGAAGGUUUUAUAUUUCCUUUUGAGCAUGCAGCUCCAGUCUAACUUACCACACUGUGAACUUCACCACCGGAAAGCAGCAAAGGCAGUGGUUGGCAUAAAAAUGGGUUCUCUCAGCACAGCUAAUGUUGAAUUUUGCCUUGAUGUGUUCAAAGAGCUCAACAGUAACAACAUAGGAGAUAACAUCUUCUUUUCCCCGCUGAGUCUACUUUAUGCUCUAAGCAUGGUCCUCCUUGGUGCCAGGGGAGAGAGUGCAGAGCAAUUGGAGAAGGUGCUUCAUUUUAAUCAUACUGUAGACUCAUUAAAACAAGAGUUCAAGGACUCACCUAAGUGCUCUCAAGCUGGAAGAAUUCAUUCUGAGUUUGAUGUCCUGUUCUCUCAAAUCAACCAGCCAGACUCUAACUAUGCCCUCAGCAUUGCCAACAGACUUUACGGGACAAAGAUGAUGGCCUUCCAUCAGCAAUAUUUAAGUUGUUCUGAGAAAUGGUAUCAAGCCAGGUUGCAAACUGUGGAUUUUGAACAGUCUACAGAAGAAACGAGGAAAACAAUUAAUGCUUGGGUUGAAAGUAAAACUAAUGGAAAAGUCACAAAUCUCUUUGGAAAGGACACAAUUGACCCUUCAUCUGUACUGGUCUUGGUUAAUGCCAUCUAUUUCAAAGGACAAUGGCAAAAUAAAUUUCAAGAAAGAGAGACGAUUAAAACUCCUUUUCAGCUAAGUGAGGGUAAAAAUGUAACUGUGGAAAUGAUGUAUCAGAUUGGAACAUUUAAACUGGCUUUCGUAAAGGAGCCGCAGAUGCAGGUUCUUGAGUUGCCGUAUGUGAACAACAAACUAAGCAUGAUUAUUCUGCUUCCAGUAGGCACAGAUAAUCUAAAACAGAUAGAAAAGCAGCUGAAUUCGAAGAUGUUUCACGAGUGGACCAGCUCUUCUAACAUGAUGGAAAGAGAAGUUGAAGUACAUCUCCCUCGGUUCAAACUUGAAAUGAAGUAUGAGCUAAAUUCCCUGUUAAAAUCUCUAGGGGUGACAGAUAUCUUCAACCAGGUCAAAGCUGAUCUUUCUGGAAUGUCACCAGCCAAGGGCCUGUAUCUAUCAAAAGCCAUCCACAAGUCAUACCUGGAUGUCAGCGAAGAGGGCACGGAGGCAGCAGCAGCCACUGGGGACAGCAUCGCUCUAAAAAGUCUACCCAUGCGAGCUCAGUUCAUGGCGAACCACCCCUUCCUGUUCUUUAUAAGGCACACUGAUACCAACACAAUUCUAUUCUGUGGCAAGCUUGCCUCUCCCUAAUCAGAUGGGGUUGAGCAAGGCUCAGAGUUGCAGAGGAGGUGCAGAGACAAUCCUGUGACUAUUCCAUGACCAGAAAGCUUGUUCACACCUCACACGCCUCUGUGCCUCAGUUUGCUCACCUACAAAAUAGGUCUAGGAUCUCUUCCAACAAUUUCAUGAGUUGCAAACCUGAGGCUUUGUUAAUCAUAGAAAAAGGUGAGAAAGCCUUUCUGGCUUUCUUAUCUGUGGCGUCUCAUUUGAGUGCUGUAACAUGAUCAAAACAUAAUCAGCAGCAUGAGCAAGCCAGUGAGUAAAAUUUUAAGGGAUUAGAUUUUUUUGACUUGUAUAUAUCAGUGAGAUCUUGAAUAAGCGACCUGACAUCUCUACUUAAAGAAAACCAGCUGAAGGGCUUCAACUUUGCUUGGAUUUUAAAAUGUUUUACUUGCAUAUGUAAAUAGAACAUGGUGAGUUUUAGUUCAAAAUUCUGUGUUGAAAAAUAAUAAACCCAUGAAAUACCUUA